GUGAAUGAGGAGAACCCUAAUCGUCAUCUUCUUCCGCGCGAGAAGCGAAGGGCAAAGGUUCUGGAUUACGUUGUGCGUUAUUGGAUCUGAAAUGAUGGAAAGUGAGACUAAACCGGCGUUCAACAAGUCGACAGGUCUUCCACGGAAGCGAUUCUAUAGAGCCCGGGCUCACAGCAAUCCUCUUAGUGACUCCCACUUCCCGAUUCCGAUCUCCCCAGCUCAUGUGGACUACUCUCUUCACUUCCCCCAGUUCUUUGAAGCCGACAGCUCGAAAAGGGUUGAAUUUGCUGACAUUGGAUGUGGGUUUGGUGGCCUCCUCAUUGCCCUAGCCACUCUCUUCCCUGAAACCCUGAUGAUCGGGAUGGAGCUGAGGGACAAGGUGACAGAGUAUGUCAAGGAACGUGUCUCAGCGCUGAGGAAAACGAACCCAGGCCAGUACCAGAAUGUGUCGGUUGUUAGGACCAACUCGAUGAAGUUCAUUCCGAAUUACUUUGAGAAAGGACAGCUCGGCAAGAUGUUUUUCCUCUUCCCUGAUCCACACUUCAAAGAGAAGAACCACAGGAGAAGAGUGAUCAGCAGUCACCUGCUAGACGAGUAUGCGUAUGUUCUGAGAGUGGGCGGGAUCAUAUACACAAUCACGGAUGUGGAGGAGCUCGGGGAGUGGAUGAAGUCUUGUCUAGAGAAACAUCCGAUGUUUGAAGCUUUGACACAAGAAGAGCUUGAAGCCGACCCUGUUGUCAAGCUCCUGAGCUCUGCAACUGAGGAAGGACAGAAAGUUGCCAGGAACGGAGGACAAACCUUCAGAGCGGUUUUCAGACGGAUAGCUUACACUUCUUCGUGAUUGUCUCGUCCAUCCCUUCAAGGUUCUGUUACGUUUUCUACUUGGGGUGGUGAAAACAUGUUGUUGCGGCUGUCGUGUGACGAUAGAUUUGGAGAAAUGUUUUCCGUUUGCUGUUUUAAUCAAAAGUCAAAACAUGGUGGCAUGAAUGGAGUUUACACAUUAGCCGCCACCUGAAUUCUCUCCAAGCAGCUUUGUGCCAUCUUCUAGAAUAUCUUUCUAUUUAGAUGCUCUGAAAUAUUGUACGAAUAUUUUUUUUUUUAAAUAGGUUGAUUAGAUGAAUGGAUUAUUUCAUCGUUAUUUUGA